AUGGCUUUUUCGUGCGUUUCUAGUCGAUAUCUGUUCAUUGAAGAAGAGGAAGGUGUACCUGGAUUUACUAAUUAUGGCAAUAAACCUACUACAUCAAAAGCUGUCUGUAAUAAACACCCUGUUCAGUCGAAUAAACCUUUGAAUAAUCGAUUACAAGCAGAUAAUGUCAGUUCAGUGCAACAGAGUAUACAGCCUAAAUAUGUACAUACUUCUGUUCCUAAUGAGGUGUAUACUUCGUAUCGGCGUCAAAACUCAAUAUCUCCACAUCAAGUGGAUACUGUGGAUCACAGUCAUUCCCCUCAUUCAAAACAGCGCUAUGCAUCUGGAUCAAAAGAUCAUAUUGGCUCAAGUCAACGUGGUAGACCACCUCGCCAAUGGCAAAAUGAAACAUUUUCACGUAGUGGUCAUGGACAAGAUUCUCAACAGGAUGAGUAUGAUGAUGAUGGUGAACUAUCCGUUGAUGCAAUGAGUUUAAGUGCUCAAUCGCAACAGCAGCAGCAACAACAACAACUACAACAAACGCAUUCCUCGAAACACAAUACAAUAGAUCGAUAUACUGGUGGAACACAUGGAAGUAGUUCACAUAGUGUGAAUAGUUCGAAUAGUGGUCCUAAUACAGAAUCUGUUGAAUCACAUCAAGAAAAAUCUCAAAGUCGCAAUCCAUCAUUAGCGUCACAGAGUCAAGAUUUAAGCGUACAAGUGAACACUGUAAGUAAUCAACCUGCUAUGCUCAGAGAUCCUGCAGCAUUGGAACAAGAGAAACUGGAACGUGAAGAACAAGAAAGACGUAAAGCAUUACAGUUAUAUGUUUUUGUUAUGCGUUGCAUAGCCUAUCCAUUUUAUUCGAAACCACCAACUGAUUUAAUACGUCGUUAUCUGAAAAUAACUAAACAACAAUUGAAUACAUUUAAAGAACGCUUUCAAGCAUUUCUUAGUGGUGAAUUAGAUGUUAUUGGUGAUGAAGCUUUUACAAAUGCUGUACAAAGUUAUUAUGAGGUAUUUUUACGUAGUGAUCGUGUAGCAAGUAUGGUACGUGGUGGUGGUUGUUCAAUGCAUGAUUUUCGUGAAGUUUUUCGAUUGAACAGUGAACAUCGUGUACAAUGUCUGCCACAAAUUGAAGGUUUAAAUAAAGCGAAUGUUGUUAGUGCAUGGAUGGUGAAAUUUGAUCAAAUAUGUCGUGGUGGUGUUGGACCAUCAACUGUUCUACAAAAACUUCAAGUUCCUCAACCGGAAUUAGUAAUGACUAAAGAACAAUUAUAUGAAUUAUUUCAAGCUACAUUAGGAGUUAAAAAAUAUGAACAUCAAAUAUUAUAUAAUGCAUUACAAUUGGAUAAUGCUGAUGAACAAGCUGCUCAGGUACGUCGAGAAUUGGAUGGACAAUUACAAGCAGUUGAAGAAUUAUCAAGAAAUCGUCAAUUUCCUCGUUUAGUCGUUAAAGAUAUGGAAAGUUUAUAUACAGAUGAAUUACGUAAAAUGGUUGGGGAGUUAAUGCUACGAUUAGAGUCUGUUCCUGUGACUAGAGGCUCAAGUAGUUUUCAGAAAUUUAAAAAAGUUAGUCGAUCACAAACUGUUGGCACAAAUUCACCAAGUUUAAAUUAUAAAGAGCAUAAUGAAGAAAUUAAUGAAACAAAUUUUAAGAAUAAAAUUGGUAUCCAAUUGAAUUUUUCAUUGGAGAUUGUUGUUGGUCAAGUGAAAAAUCUUAAGUUCCUGCCAGCUAAUAAAAUGGUUUAUUGUACAAUGGAAGUUGAAGGUGGUCCACGAUUACAAACAGAUUUAGCUGAAGCUGGGAAACCAACAUGGGGUACACAAGGUGACUUUUCAACGAAUCAACCUCUUCCUACAGUUAAAGUGAAGUUGUAUGCUGAAAGUUCUGGGCUUUUAUCACUUGAUAGUGGUAAAGAGUUGGGUCGUGUGAUAUUAAAUCCUACAUGUACAGGAAAUCGACAACCUGAAUGGUAUAAAUUACAAACUGCAAAAAGUGUUCCCGAUGAUUUACGUAUACAGCUCACAUUACGAAUGGAUAAACCAAAUAAUCUUAAACAUUGUGGCUAUCUAUAUGCAUUGGGUAGAACAGCAUUUAGAAAAUGGAGACGACGUUAUGUUUGCCUAAUACAGGUCUCACAGUACACAUUCAUAAUUGCUUCUUAUAAAGAACGGAAGUCAGAUCCAACGGAAGUUAUGCAAUUGGAAGGAUUUACAGUCGAUUAUUGUGAUGUACAAAGUGAUUUAGCAUCUACUGGCGGUAAAUACUUUCUUAAUUUAGUCAAAGAAGGUGAUAGUCUUAUAUUUGCAACAGAUGAUGAAAAUGAACGUCAAUUAUGGAUACAAUCAAUUUAUCGUGCUACUGGGCAAACACAUAAACCUAUUCCACCGUCUAAAGAUGCUUCUGGGAGUAAUUGUACCAGUCUACAAAAUGUUAAUUUAACAUCUGGGAAUAAAUCAUCAUCUACUGCUUCAGCUUCUCGAAGUAACACGUCAAACCUUGGAAGUAGAACACAAGGGGAUGUGGAUCGUGCUCGUAAACAUGGAUUAGAUGAGUUUGUCAGCAUUGAACCAUGGAAAAUUAAUCAUGCUGAACUAUUUGCCUUGUUACAAUCAAAAUCAUUAGAUUAUCGUAUGAAAGAUUCAUAUGUAUCACUUGGUUGGUUCAGUCCAAGUCAAAUGUUUAUAUUAGAUGAAUAUUGUGCACGUUAUGGUGUACGUGGAUGUCAUAGGCAUUUAUGCUACUUAAGUGAUUUACUUGAUCGUGCUGAACAAGGUAUAAUUAUCGAUCCUGCUAUUAUACAUUAUUCCUAUGCAUUCUGUUGCUGUCAUGUAUUCGGGAAUACACAAGACACAAAUAUUCGUACAGUUCUUGUUGACGAACGUCAAAUGUUCAUGGAGAUUCGUCAACGUCUCUAUGCACUACUCGAGAAACAGAUUACAGAGUUUCGAUAUUAUUUUCCAUUUGGACGUCCAGAAGGCGCAUUAAAAUUAACUUUAGGUUUAUUAGAAAGGGUUUUAAUGAAAGACACCGGUGCUCCAGCUUCUGCUGAAGAAGUUCGUGAGGUGAUACGACGAUGUUUGGAACAAGCCGCCUUAGUAAAUUAUGCUCGUAUCUCUGAAUAUGCAGCAAUUGAAAGUGGUCGAGAUGCAACUGGUGAACGUUCUCAAACAAGUAGUAAAACUUUAGCUGAUCUCAUUCAUUUGGCUGAAUUAUGCAUUGAAGUGCUUCGUCAAAAUGAAGAACAUCACGCAGAGGUAUGCACUGUACAUUCGUGUUUAUUAUAAUAGUUGUUUCAUCCUUGAUAUAUAUUUAUUUUGUGUUACUAUUACUGAUCGUGUU